AUGUCGUUGGAUCCACCCACUUACUUCAGCUCCCUUCAAAACAACAUUCGGGCUCGGCCAAUUCCUUGGGAGGGUGCAGUCCGAGCGGGCAACAUCACUGAUGACCAUCUGAAGAAGAUCAAGGCCGUGGACAAGGUGCGCAAGGAGCAGCGCAAGCAGACAAUAGAAGCAGACCUUGACGGCUACACCAGCUUGCUUGCUGGUGGCUCACAAGGCAAGAGUGUGCUGGAGUCGGCUUCCCGCAGGACAGAUAUCGUGCAGUACAUCUUGGUGCUGGCCUCGGAUCUGAUUCAGGACGUUCCCUCGCUGGCCGAUGCGCUCGUUUCUCACCCUGAACCGUACAAGCCAUUCCUACCAUUCUUGCAUCAAUCAUCCAAUGCCGAGGACCCCAUCCCGCUGCUCACAUCAACCUUCCUCACGGCUCUCGUGUCGCACAGUCUUACUAGCUCAUCCAAACCCGCCUCCCGCGAUGAUGAAGCUCUUCCGCAGCUAUACCUUUACCUCUCUACUCUGACCAAGAACCAAGACAGCGGGCUGCAGGACAUUGGUGUUCAGGGAUUCUCAGAGCUGCUCAGAAAGAAACGUUCGCGCGAGAUCUUCUGGAACCACCGGAAGGAAACUUUGGAUCCCCUGAUUGAUACUCUUCGUACUGCAGCGGGCAUCAAGGAAAUUGUUUCUGCAGGAACCAGUACACGUGGCACUGACUCUGGUCUGGCAGGAGGUGUUGGUCUUCAACUGCUUUAUCGGGUACUUCUCGUAGUAUGGCAGCUCACUUUUGAGAGUGAAUUGGUUGGUGAGGAAUUGCAAGAGAAAUACGAUAUCAUUCAGCUCUACAAUCAGCUCCUGGUCAUUUCCCAAAAGGAGAAGACUAUCCGUCUGCUUCUUGCAACCCUGCUCAACCUCCUCUCCAAUAACCGUACUACCUUGCUUCCUGCUGCCGUCUUUGUCCGCCUACCUGUCCAACUCACCAAAUUAUCCGGACGUCAUUUGACCGACGAGGACCUUGUUGAAGACCUCCAAGCCUUGUCUACUAUGCUUGAUGAGUACACCAAAACCCAGACCACAUUUGAUGAAUACGCAGCCGAAAUCCAGUCCGGUCACUUGCGCUGGUCGCCCCCGCACAAGAACCCCACUUUCUGGAAAGAAAACGCCCGUCGGAUCUUGGAGGAGUCCAACGCAGCCUUGCCUAAGAAGCUCGCUGAGAUCAUGUCCCAGAGCUGGGAGAAUGACAAGCAGGUCUUGGCCAUUGCCUGUAAUGAUGUGGGACACUUGGUGAAGGAGCUUCCUGAAAAGCGUACCCAACUGGAACGUCUUGGUCUGAAGGCUCGAGUGAUGGAGUUGAUGGCAGACCAGGACGAGUCGGUGCGAUGGGAGAGUCUGCGCGCCGUCGGCGAGUGGCUGCGAUAUACCUUUGAGUAG